AUGCCAAGCGACAUAGGAUCGUUAUUAUACCAGAGCUUGAGCUAGCGCUCAAGGAAUUCAUACUAAUCUAUCAACACUGCACUAUUCUAAGCGAUGCUAUGAUGAUCGAAAAGGCAAAAUUGUUAGCGGAUGAACUAGGAAUAAAGCUUCAUGGAGAAGCAGGUUCUGUUGAUGAGGAUAUUAUUACUGAAUCCUUACCUUUAUUGCAAAGUAAAUACUCCGAAUACACUCUUGACCGCAUAUAUAAUAUGGACAAAACUGGACUUUUUUACCGGACCAAAAAAAAUAAGGAACAUAUUUCUGUAGUAUUAUGUGCGAAUGUUGAUGGAUCCCAUAAGUUGGCCCCUCUUAUAAUUG